CCUCAAGUCAGAAUCAGCUCUGCCUGCAGUGCAGAAAGGACUUAGUGAGAGGACUCUUAACUGCCCAAAUACACAGGAGCUACAGAAUUACUUUCUUUAUCAUCUUCUGAAGAGAACGUCAGUAUAUGUGUUAUUUUCAGAGGAGGUGAAAGCAGUUUGAACUCUCCAUUAUGGCUCCUUCCGGCUGGUUGGUCCUGAUGCUACAGCUCCUCAGCUGGAUAUCAGUCGGCAUGGCCUGUUUCUGUGACCGAUACCCCUGGGGACCCUGGUCCGCCUGCUCCAAGACCUGCAACAACGGUAUACAGUACAGAUACAGGAAUUAUAAGUAUGAUGACUAUUACUGGAAGAGCAGCUGCAGUCAGCUGUGUGAGAAAUAUGACGCGAGAGCUUGUAACGAGCGUAGCUGUCCAAUCAACUGCCUGCUGACAGACUACAGGGCUUGGUCUGACUGCUCGCCAUGCGCCAAGAAACAGUUUCGGACGCGGUCUGUCGAGAGGCCGUCCCAGUUUGGUGGAUCGGCCUGCAGCGUGGAGCUGACAGAGGAGAGGCCCUGUCACCCCCCCACAGAGUGCAAGUUAGCACCCAUCGACUGCAGAGACGACUUUAAGUGUGAUAAUGGACGCUGCAUCAACUCAACGCUAACGUGUAACAGGCAGAACGACUGUGGAGAUAACUCUGAUGAGAGGGACUGUGGCGACUUCAAAAUAGUGUGUCCAGCGGAGAAAAUAGUGGCCCCCGGGGCUGACCUGGUUGGAAAUGGAUUUGAUGCUCUAGCAGAGGAGCAGAGGGCAGCGGUACUGGAUAACAUGUUUAUGGGAGGAAGCUGCAUCAUCAGGAGGCCUCCGUCCACACUGCUCUACCAUCGCGUCCCUCACAACUUUGACAGCUUUGACAUUAAGGUUGGAGAGCUGGAGGACUUCAGCACCGAGCCCCAGACACUGCACGCCGAUUCCAUUGACUUGAAGACGUCCAUGUCGUCUGGAAGCAACCAACAAAAUCAGAAUGCCUUUUUCUUCCCCAUCUUUGUCUUCUGGAGCAGAUCCAGGUCGCAGGUCCGCUCUUACAAGGAAGCUUUUGAAGCUUCAAAGAAAAUGGAUUCCAAGUUUUUUCGGGUGCACCAGGUUCUGCCCGUGUCCACGUUCAAGGUGAGAGACCCGGGGGACCUCGUCCUGUCGCAGCCCUUCCUCCAGUUCCUUCACGCUCUUCCUCUCAAGUACAACUACGCCCUCUACAGGGACAUCUUCCAGCGCUUCGGGACACACUACUACAGCUCAGGGAAACUGGGAGGCAUAUAUGACCUGUUGUACCAGUACAACCGAGAGGAGCUCACCAGUUCAGGUGAAACAGAAGAGCACACCAGAGGCUGCCUGCGGCGGGACCUCACCUGGACCGUCAUCCUCUACACAGAACAUAGCAGUGUAUCCCGAUGCACCAACAACAAGAUGACUACCAAAUAUGAAGGCUCGUAUAUUAAGGCAGCAGAGAAGUCUUACUCUAUGGUGAGAGGAGGUCGAACCAGAGAGGCAGCAGCUCUGGCCUGGGAGAGGCAAGGCCCCGCUCCGGACCGAACAUCCUACAAGAACUGGGCCAAGUCUGUUCUCGAAAACCCUGUUGUAGUCGACUCCGAGGUGCUUCCCAUUAUAGAUCUGGUUCGGGGGAUCCCGUGUGCUGUCACAAAGAGGAGACACCUGAGGAAGGCCCUGCUUCAAUACCUGGAUGAGUUUGAUUCCUGCAAGUGCUCUCCCUGCCCCAACAAUGCCAGGCCAGUUCUCUCCGGCACAGAGUGCAAGUGUGUUUGCCAAACUGGCACAUUUGGCACUAACUGUGAGAUACGAGCUCCCGACUACACUUCAGAGGCAGUUGAUGGUUACUGGAGCUGCUGGGGGCCGUGGAGUAACUGUGGAGCCUCAAUGAAGAGACAACGGAAGAGGAGCUGUGUUAACCCCGCCCCCCUUAAUGGAGGCCAACCCUGCAACGGUCCUGGCACCCUUGAGGAUCCAUGUCACAUCUCACUCUUUGAGAAACAGGAGACCUGUGAUAAUGAUGACGACUUCAUGAUAGGCUGGAGGGACGAGCUGCCUCCUGGUGUGCAGGGUUGUCUGAGGCCACAGAGGCCCGCCAACAGCUUCCUUAGGAAAGCGAAGCAGUAUUAUAACUUUGGUGAGGAUGAGGAGCUCCAAUGCUUCACUGGAUUUGACCUGGAGGGUUUUCAGUACAUCAACUGUCUUCCUGACGGGACGUGGAGUCAACCAAGGGGAAGAUGCAUCAGGAAACUGUGCCUUCCUCUUGAGAUCCCUGAUGACAUGAUGCUGUACCCCAAAAAAGACAAUUACAGAGUGGGGGAAUCAGUGGGUAUGAACUGUAACGUGACAAACAUGCUGCCACGGCCUCCAGGCAUAUACAGAUGCAGCGAAAGUCUCACCUGGGAGCCUCCAUUACCUGCUGAUCUACAUUGCACUGAUGUGGAACCAUUUGUUCCGGAGAGUCAGUGUGGUCCAGGAGCGAAACUGCAGGACUCUAAAUGUGUCUGUAUUCCACGGGAGAGCUGCCUCUCUCAACUGGAGACACUCUGCAUACUGAACCUUGAGGUCGGUGUCACUGUGCCAAUGUCACUCUGCUCCUUCCACGCUGGUCGUUGCCAUGGCGAUCCGCUCUUCUUUGUCAAUGAGGGCGCAUGUGACACUGCCGAUUUGGCCAAACUGGAGUGGGCAAAGUUCAGAGCCACCAUGUCCUCUAAGAGCUCUGUCCAUGUGCCCUGUGAUCUUGACACUUGUUAUGAGUGGGAAACCUGUUCUGCAUCUAAGAAAUGUGAGUGCAAAGCUGCUCGGGAGUGCCCCAGAGUUCAAGAGCACAUGUACUGUGUGAAGCUGACCAGGACCCAGAGGACUCGCAGCAUGGACCAGUGUUCUAUGGCAGCCAUCAAAUGUGCCAGCUAUCAGUUUGAGAUUCUCAACGAAGGCGUCUGUGAUUCCAGAUGAUCCUUCAAAAGCUUUUCUGUGCCGUCGCUACCAACCUCUGAAUUCAUCUAACAUCUGACAUUAUAGUCAUAAGCACAUCUUACACUUCGGUAUUCUUUGAAAAUGUACAUUAAUUAAAUAAAGCUGGGCUCCAAGCACCUGAAGCAACUCUUAAAUGUGCUUAAACAGGGUGCACUGUUUUGCUUGGGUUUGAUGCAGUUCAUGUAGUACACUUUCACAGGAUGUCGUGGACAACAAUGUAUCAUCAGAUUUUCACCAAAUUUAGUAUGACAACACCGGAGGAAUACUGGAUAUGAUUCCAUAAUGUAUCAUACUGCCACCUAAUGUCAGAUUUAAUAAGCAGAAUGUGGGGUACAUAUGUGUUGAGCAUACCAAAUGUGUGUCAUAUGGAAUAUGUAUUUUGGGGAUUUCCACCAAGUUGGUGUAGGUAUAUUGGUAGACAAACAUGAUUGGUAUGUCAAAUUUGGUGACAUUUUAACAGUGUGUAAAAUACAUGUUGGUAAUCUGGGCGUCCCCCACCCUGUGCACAAUAUAGGCCGACAAGAUUAUAUUGAUGCAUGCCUUGAUAUUCCAGGAGAUGGCACUAUACCACUACUCCUUCAGAUCGGACACUAAAGUAGAAUGAAGAUUAAACAUUAUGAACCAUACUAUACAGUUCUCCAACUAUGUACUUUGUAUGUAUAUGUAGCCACAUACUUCUGAAACAUUAUAACUGGCCCUUACAAAAACAAACUAAGGCUUCUGUCAAACUAAAACUAAAUAUACAAAAACUAAAACUUAAGCAAAAUUAGGAACUAACAAACACACUCUAAAACUAACUAAAAUGAAACCACAAUGAAAUGUCAAUGUCAAAACUAAAAUGAAAUCAAAUAGAAAAAGAAAACCUUUUAUAAUUUUGAUUAUAUAACUAUUUGACAUAAAACAGUUACAGUGCCAUAUAGGUUUCAGUUGCAGUCAAUUUUUCAUGGAAAAUCUGGAGCACAGCAAUGACACAAUUUGACAGAUUUUUGAUUGUUCUUCAAAAUAGGGUUUAACAUAUUCCAUAAAAUUGUUCACUGUCAGUGCUUGACCCCCUAAAAAACAGAUAAACAUGUCAUAGACAGAUUCAUGAAAGUACACAAGUCUUUAAUCUUUUGGAUACUGUGGAAAGGAAGCACAGUUAUGGUACUUUUACAGCUUUGUAGGACUUGAUCUGAGCCAAAGAUCGAGAAGGCAGUUAGUCAGUCAAGUCUAAUUACAGGAACAGAGUGAAAUAGUUAGACUUACUUUACAUGCUUCACAUGUAAUAAUAAUUAACAUUGUUAUUUUAUUUCUUAUGGAGAUUUUCAUUUCACCUCUUGCUCCCCAUUUAAGCAUAUAACACAACAUAAUUUACUAUUUCUAUCCUCUGAAUAUUUGUCAAACAAUGAAUUCUUUAUUGAUGUGACCAAGAGAUAUCGAGACCCAGACUAGACUAAAUGAAAUAUUAAAUGUAUAAUGACUCCAAUAAAAUGUGAAAGAGA